GGCCAGCUCACCCAGUGGACCAUUCCCAGACACCGAGCCAACGCAACGCCUCCAGCAGCACGCAUGCACCUCACCUAACCAACAAAUGAUACCGGGGAGAUCGAUCCGAGGGAGGGAGUAAGGUAGUCGAGUGGGCCAGUGGGAGGAACGUGGGCAGAGUGCAUGGGGGAGAGGUCCAGAGGUCCUUUUUCUCCAAUCAGACGCGGGCCCGCCUCACGGGCACUCAGGGGCAUGGCAGAGCGCCGGGGGAGUGGAAGGGGGCUAGAUUCGCAGGUGCGUUGCUUCUCAGCACUUCGAACUCGCUGUCCACUCACACUGCGUCCCGUGCCGCAUCCACAUCGGAAUGUCUCUAACGCGCGCGUUCAAUGUGUGCCCCAAAUUGGCCCCCUUUGUCAGAGCACCCUUGACAUCGCGGUUUUUGUGCCAUCGCAAGCUUGCCCUGCACGCUGCGACAUCGGACGCAAGAUAUCCGGUCCUUUCGACCCCUUGCGCCAACCCGCUCACAUCUCCCGACGCAACGUGCACCGCACCUGCACAUCCUUGUCGGCCCCUGUCGGCCGACACGACAACGCACACUGCACAGACGUCACCAGGAAGUGCGGGAAAGAGACGCAAAGUCUUAGGGCCAAUCUUGGGAGCCCACAUGGCACCACCAGCUUGCUCAACGACUGCGCAGCACGGGGCAGUCCGCCCACCGCCCUCCUUUGACACUAACUAAGAUGGGUCUCGUGCGCCCCAAAAUCGGACGCUCUGCCUCACAUCACGCAACACAUCGCGGGCUCCAUGGCAUCACGAACGGCGCGGCGGUCUGCUCUUCAUCAGAUACACAUUGCACAUCUCGAACAGCAACACGCGGCGCUCAACGAACGCGAUGGGAGGAUGAAUUGGGGAGCUCGGAAGGCGGAGGACACGGAUCGAGAAGGGGUGGUGCACUCUGAGAACUCGGAUGGGAGAGGAGUUUGCAGUUGUCGUGGGCCUCGGAAUCGGACGCGCGGUGACUUUUCGCACUAUACAGGAUGGUUUUGCAGCAUCGUCCAGACCGCGCAUCGGCAAGCACCUCUCCGCAAGCUUCAAACGAUCGGGAAACUCCCUCAGGACACCUCGAGGCAUGUCUCGUGGUGGCGGAGAGCAUUGAAUUGGAAAGGGUGUUCUAAGGAUGCGGAUGGAGGGAUGAUGUCCGCAGGUGAGUUCUCCCCUCCUCUCCCUCUCACCAUGCGGUGCCCAGGCCAAAUCACAUUAGUUACAGCAUCACAAAAGGUUAGGGCUGGAUACAUCUUCCUAUGCGCCGACCAUGAUGGAGAAAGACCAUUUUACGUUUACUGUGGGGUACUUAGAUGCAGGAAUGGCAUCACGAGUAAUGAUCCACGUCGCUUGACCGUUUACACUGCCGCUCAUCAGAUCCUUCUCGGCGAACGCGCCCACCUAAUCAAAUUCCCCUCCGUCCUCCUUCCUCCCGGUGCGACCACUGGAUCCAUCGUCAACAUCUCCGUCCUACAGAACCACGCCGAAGAGAAGAGGAGAGACGACGCGUUUUGGGCGCUGCAGGAUGAGAUACUUGACGAGUUUGGAGUGCGUACGCCUGAGCCACCGAAACUCCAGCUGCGCAAUGUGACACAGACGUCCGUGACCCUUGAGUGGCCCCCCAUCGAGCUGGCCACGGCCAAAUUGCGAUCGUUGGACCUCUACCGCAACGGGCAGCGCCUCGCACCGAUCCCGAACCCGGCAACCAACACCUCCAGCAAGAUCUCGGGACUCGAGCUCGACACCGAGUACACGUUCCAGCUCGUCCUGCGCACGACCGCGGGGACGUUCCCCUCGGAGUUGCUUCGCGUGCACACGCACACCAUGACCGACACCUCCGGUGUGCGUGUAUGUUUCGGGACCGUCGAUGACGCAGGGCUCGUCGAGCAGGCGAAAGAAGCCCUGGAGCGCAUCGGCGCACGGUGGAGCGAGAAGAUUGAGAUUGACACGACGCACUUCGUGUGCACCACACCCAAUACGCAUACGCCGACCGGCGUGCCUGAGGUCGAGUAUCAGCGCGCUGUGCAGCUGAGUAUACCCAUCGUCCAGCCGCAUUGGAUCUUCGCGUGCCAGUCUGAGCGUCGAUUAGUUCCUAUCGCGCUGUUCGGACUGGGAGCAACACCGCCUAACGCGCUACCCUCUCGGCGCCCACAGUCCAUGUCUGCUGCAUCUCCCACCCAACGCUCACCCGCCAGCGCAGCUGCUGUGCGACAGUCAAUGCCACCGACCGUCUCGCCCAUUGGCCAGCCUGCAACCUUUGUAGGGCAGUCGGUUAGCAAUAUCCCACCACCAACCGUGCUGGUCGUCACUGUUGAAGAAGCACAUUCGGAGGAUGAAGAAUCUGAUUUGGCUGAGCUGGAGACAAAACGGCUCGCCUUGAUGGAGAAGCGGGGAAGCAAGACCGGGACGAUGAACAUGCAGUUUAAAUUUCCGCCUACGUCUCCGACAAGUCCUGGCCCUGGGGAUUCCGAUGCCGCGGAUGCGGCCGUUGAGCCAGAGAGUAUUGAGGUUCCGCCGCCGCCGGUCGUGGAGAAAGAGACAAUAUCUGCUGGUGUGAGGAGUGAGGGUGACGUCGAUGAUGAUCUGGGCGAGACGGAGGACAUCCCGUUGUAGUCAGUAACCUCUCUGAUCCCUUUACUUUCUCCUUCAGCCUUGGCGCUACUCUGAUCAUCACGCAUGUACUUUUCGUCUGGGGAUUGUGCUUCCCAGGGGAUGAUUCGAAGGACACGUCACGGGUCGGGAAAGGAGCACUCCAUUUCGCGUCAAAACAAUUGACAUGGCUUCCUGGUGACGCUUCGUGGUUACUUCAUCGCAAAUGGGAAAACUGGAAACGAGGCCCAAAGCUAUGCGCCGUGACAAGAUACUCUCACCUCCAGGUCAUACCGCGCAGCAAUGCUCCUCAGCAGAAAUAUCCGGUCUACUACCGACAGUCGCGCCAGAAGCGAGUCCUCCUCUCUGGAGGCGAGAGGAGGUGCGGGACCGCUCAUCCGCCAUCGUGAGCCAGUCGAGAACGAUGAAAAGAAUUUCCGAGGAAGCCUAGAUCCGACCAAGGCCCUGAAAGGGAUACCGACCUGUGGAUGUUAUUCACCGCACUGCACCACACUGACACGUUCCGACUGCGGGGGCUUCGAGGGCCAGGCGUGGCCGUCCGGAUCCCAACGGAGACAUUCCACUCGAUGUGCGCAGUGGGCGAGGAUCCGUAAUGGCUGCAUCGUAGGCCUUGCCCGGUUUAUCUCGAGGCAGCAUACCCAAAGACGUUGUCGGAAUCUGACUCGCGGAGUUUGGGCUAACGCAGACCUAUGUGCAGAAACGCGACACUAUCGCUACAGCGAGUGGGAACGUAUGGAUUGGUGUGCAGCUGGGGGGUUUGGAACCGAGUAUGAGGCCGUCCGUGCUUAUAAUGACGUCGUCCCAGUUGAUCCGGUGAGCGUGUCUUGGAUGGUUAGGGCGGCGUCUAGGGUCAAUCCGCUCGGACGCCAAAAAUAUCGUCCUGAGCGGGAAGAAGUCCACGCCGUCGCUGACGAACGUGGUGAAUCCCAGCAGCGCGGUGGACUACAUCGACGGCGGCACGUUCGUGACCGCAGGCGCGACGCAGCAGUUCAGCGCCAUCAUCUCGAUCGACGAGAACAACUUUACCGGCGCGGAGGCGCACGUCGGGAACAGGAAGAGCACGACGUGGCUCUGGGCCGAUGAACGCGGCGACUAGGGUUAACGCCCAAGGCAGGCACUACGUGCUCCGGCAGCGUCUACUGCGCGCAGGACCCCGCCGAUCCCACUGACUAGUCAGCGAUUGCAGGGUGUAUACAUUGCCGCAAUGAUAAGAUAAGAUUAGAUGCCGU